AUCUAUAUACAUUUCGAAUCUAAAUUGAAAACCCAUCACCACAAUUUCGCAGAUUUAGUUGUGUAUAAAAUGUGCACGCGAUUCUGAGCGAACAUAACAUCAGCAGGCGUAACCCUACCUACCCUAAAAUUAGGCAAUUCGAAAGCCCUACACGUUCCGAAUCACGAAUCGGUGGGUCAACUGCCUAGGCGGCGUCUACAAUAAUUCUCCAUUAUUAACAGCCACGCAUCUCUGUGUUGAAACCGACACCCAAAUCUAUAUCCGAAUCAAAAUUGGAACCGAACCCGAAAGCGACAAUUAGGCAAUAUGUCGGAGGUACUCAACCUGGAUAGCAUCAUAUCGAGACUGUUGGAGGUACGCGGCGCCAGGCCUGGCAAGAAUGUGCAACUGAGCGAGGGGGAGAUACGCGGCCUAUGUCUCAAGUCGCGUGAAAUAUUUCUGGCACAGCCCAUUCUGCUCGAACUGGAGGCCCCGCUUAAAAUUUGCGGGGACAUACACGGCCAGUAUUAUGAUUUAUUGCGACUCUUUGAGUACGGGGGCUACCCGCCCGAGUCCAACUAUCUCUUUCUCGGUGACUACGUCGACCGAGGUAAGCAGUCGCUGGAGACCAUUUGCCUGCUGCUCGCCUACAAGAUCAAGUACUCGGAGAACUUUUUUCUACUCCGCGGCAAUCACGAGUGCGCGAGCAUAAAUCGCAUCUACGGAUUCUAUGAUGAGUGUAAGCGCCGCUACACAAUUAAACUUUGGAAGACCUUCACAGACUGUUUCAACUGUUUGCCCGUCGUAGCGAUUGUCGAUGAGAAGAUAUUUUGCUGUCACGGCGGCCUCAGUCCCGAUCUCACAUCCAUGGAGCAGAUCAGACGGAUCAUGCGACCCACGGAUGUGCCAGAUCAGGGCCUCCUUUGUGAUCUGUUGUGGUCCGAUCCCGACAAGGACACCAUUGGCUGGGGCGAGAACGACCGCGGCGUCAGCUUUACGUUCGGUGCCGAGGUCGUCGGGAAAUUUCUGCAGAAGCACGAUCUCGAUCUGAUCUGUCGGGCGCACCAGGUUGUCGAGGAUGGUUACGAGUUCUUCGCCAAGCGGCAGCUGGUAACUCUUUUCUCUGCGCCCAACUACUGCGGAGAGUUCGAUAAUGCCGGCGCCAUGAUGUCUGUCGACGACACCCUAAUGUGUUCGUUCCAGAUACUAAAGCCUGUGGAGAAGCGAAAAAAGUGAGAGAGUGAGAGUCGAUUUUGGCCGGAGUUCCAGGGCUCUCAUUUGUGCCGUUUCAUUUUAUACAACAGCUGAUCCAAAUUGUCAUAUUGUACGAUAUAUAUUCGAUAUCUAAAUUACAACAUUUUCUUGGUAUAAGUAAUUAA